CAUCUGUACUGAAAAGACGCAAAAUAUUUCUACACGAUUUUUAUUUUCCCUGGAGUUUGAUGAAGAUGAGUGUACAUUUGAUCUGCAUUAUUGUUCUCUUACUGGCGCUGGAAGAUGUUCAGUCCAACUUGUUAGAAGAUAUCGAUAUAUUUCCUGAAGCAAGAGCGAGAUGUGCCGAGCCUAAUGAAUCUUGCUCUAAAGGAAGCUAUGGGCACGGACCAAGACAUUGCUGUCCACCUAAAGGCUGUUCUUGCAAUCCUUUCACUGGGAAUUGCGAUUGCAGUUGGGACACAAUUUCAAGCAUGACUAAUAAAGCAUGGGACUGGGUAACUGGCUAAAAUAAAAACUCAUUAUGAGAGCUUAGGAGCUCACUCUGAAUACUGAAAUGAUUUAAUCUUUUGUACAUACAACAAAAGCAAAUAAAAUCAAGUAAUGGCUUA